AUGCUGUCAGCAUUCCAUGUUAUUAGGAUAAUGAUGCUUAUUGUAACAUGGCCAUGUGGGACCAUCCUGAACGCAUCCAUUAUAGCUGUCUAUCUCAGCGACUGGAAGAAGGGAGUGAAACUUGGGGAGUGUGAUUGGAUCAGUCUCAGUAUGGGGUGCAACAACCUAUUCUUGCAGAGUGUCAUAACAUUUGGAUUGGCAUUUCUGCCAUUUGGACUGUACUUACCAUUUGCCCCAAAAGUCUCUAUUGCCUUUGGAACUGUGCUCUGUUUCUCUGUUACUCUAUCGUUUUGGCUCACUGCUGGUCUCUCCAUCUGCUACUGCCUGAGACUGGUCAAUUUGUCCCAUACAAUCUUCAUUCAGUUAAAAAGGAGACUUUCUUGCACUUUAACCCUAUUCCUUCUGUGGUCAGUGGCAAUUUCAUUUAUUGUUACCAUUCCAAUGAACUGGACAUCAGGAACCCCAACUGACCAUAAUACAACAACAAUGUAUCAUCCUAUUUCCAAUUCUGUUAUUUUCAUGAUACUUAAUGCUGUAUUUGGCGUCUUCCUGCCCUCCAUGACCACCUUUAUUUGUAUUUUACUUUCUCUGACAUCGCUCCUGAGGCACAUCUGGAGAAUGAAGCAGAAUACUCAGUUCGGGAGUCCUCAGCUGAAGAACCUUAUAAGCGCUUGCAGGACAAUGUUCCUACUUAUGGCUCUGAACGUUCUUUUCUUCCUGGUUAUUUUGAGCUCCACGCUACCACAUUAUAAGGGGCAGUCUAUUUGGGAAGCUGUGAUUAAUGCAUGCAUUAUGUUAAAUCCAUCAGGUCAAGCCAUUGUUCUGAUCUUUGGAAAUUCCAAGUUAUUCAGUGCCUGGUCGAAAACCUUAAUUCCUCAGGGAUAG